GUGGAACUAUGGAGGAGAGUGCCUCAUUCGUUUCAUCACUGGCAACACAAGCUCGGGGUUAGACAGCCGAACAGCCGUCGGACCCGAACCACCGGGAGGCUUUUGGAGCUGUUUGACCCUGGUUGGGAAUAUAGUGCAACUUGGAUCGAGGUUAUUGUGUUUUUGGAGAGAAGAUGCUGCGUCUCCACGCGCUCGCGCUCCUGUGCGCGUUACGAACCACGCUGGCAGCGAAUAAAUAUCACUGCAAUGGGCCAUUGGUCUCCGCUCUUCCUCCUAAGUCAUUCCAGAGCUCAUCAUCUUCCUCCGAAAGCCAGUUGCCAUACUUUGCCAAACUCAACAGAAGAGAUGGAGGUGGCGGCUGGGCUCCUGAACGCUCAGACAGACUACGAUGGUUACAGGUGGACCUGAAGGAAAGGGUGGAGGUCACAGCUGUAGCGACCCAGGGCCGUUUCGGAAGCCCUGAUUGGGUGACUAGCUACAUGCUUUUGUACAGUGACACAAGAAGAGCUUGGAAACAAUACAGACAAGAUGAUAACAUAGGGACUUUCCCAGGAAACACUAAUUCCGAUGGGAUUGCUCACCACAAGCUCUCACACUCCAUAAGAACGAGAUUCUUGCGGUUCUUGCCGGUUGACUGGAGUCCAGGGGGAUGGGUGGGCCUCAGAGUCGAAGUCUACGGUUGUGCGUACAAGUCAGAUGUGGCAGACUUCAAUGGCAGAAGCUCUCUGUUGUACCGGUUUAAUCAAAAGUCAACAAGUACGGUGAAAGACGUCAUCUCGCUGCGGUUUAAGAGUCAGCGUGCGGAUGGGGUGCUCGUGCAUGGAGAGAGUCAAAGGGGCGAUUACAUCACACUGGAGCUACACAAGGGCAGACUGGCUCUGCAUAUCAACCUGGACGACGCGAAGACACACCUUAGUAGAGGUCAUGUUUCGGUUUUUCUGGGUAGUCUACUGGAUGACCAGCACUGGCACUCUGUUCUGAUCGAGCGAUUUAACAAACAGAUCAAAUUCACCGUCGACAGACUAACCAGACAUGUGAGGAUGGGUGGACUGGAUGAUUCGCUGGAAGUCGAUUAUGAGCUCAGCUUUGGAGGCAUCCCUCUUCCUGGAAAACCAGGCACGUUCCUGAGGAAAAACUUCCAUGGAUGUAUGGAGAACCUCUAUUACAAUGGAGUCAACAUCAUCGACCUAGCGAAACGACGCAAACCUCAAAUCUACAGUGUGGGAAACGUGACCUUUACCUGCUCAGAGCCACAGCUGGUGUCCACCACCUUCUUGAGCUCUAGCAGCAGUUUCCUUUCACUUCCUGCGGACGGUGUAAUGGACGGUGCCAGGGAACAACUGUCGGUGACAUUUCAGUUCCGAACGUGGAACAGGGAAGCGAUGUUACUUUCCACCUGGCUGAGGAGAGAGACUGAGAGACUUCUGGUGCUGCUUGUUCACGGGCAACUUAGACUUACACAUCACAGAUCACCUCUGCAAAGCUCGGACAUAGUCAUCGGUCAGGCGCUGAGUGAUGGCCAAUGGCACACCGUGUCUGUUAGCAUGGGUGGACUGCAGGUGUCCCUUUCGGUAGACGACGAGCUACCGUCGACCAUGCAGCUGAAAGAGAUGGCACAGCCUGGGAAGAGUGUGUUGAUUGGAGGUUGUCCACCAAUAUUAGCCAAUCAGGGAUGUCGGAAUCCAACUCAGGCCUAUCAGGGAUGCAUACGCUCUAUUGUGAUUAACAACCAGCCAAUCAACUUUUACUUGGUGCAGCAAGGCCUGCUUGGAAACUACAGCAAGCUCCAGUUUGACAUCUGUGGCAUUCGUGACAGAUGUCUUCCUAACUACUGCGAGCAUGACGGGGAAUGCUCUCAGUCUUGGAGCACCUUCUUCUGUGACUGCUCAGGAACCGGGUAUACGGGAGCAACUUGUCAUAACUCCAUCUUUGAACCCUCCUGUGAGGCCCAUCGGCUCACAGGAAGUGCCUCAGGCUUUUUCUCAGUCGAUCCUGAUGGAAGCGGGCCGCUCAAAUCCAUCAUCGUCUACUGCAACAUAACCGAGGAUAAGGUUUGGACUGUAGUGACCCACAACAGCACAGAGAUGGUGAGAGUUCAAGGGUCGUCCCUUCAGAAGCCUCAUGUGAUGAGAUUUAACUACAGCGCGUCUCUGGAACAGCUGCGGACGCUUGUGGGCAGAUCUGAACAGUGUCAGCAGGAAGUGCUUUAUCUCUGCAAGAAGUCCCGCCUCUUCAACACAUGGGAUGGAACGCCCUUGUCCUGGUGGCUGGACCAGGCAGGAGAGAGAAGGACGUACUGGGGUGGAUUUCUCCCGGGGGUGCAGCAAUGCGCCUGCAGCCUGGAUGAGAACUGCAUCGAUAUGAACCACUUCUGCAACUGUGAUGCUGACCGCAACUCAUGGGAGAAUGACACAGGAGUGUUGUCCUACAAAGAACACUUACCAGUGUCCGAGAUCUUGGUAGGCGAUACAAACCGAACGGGGUCAGAGGCAAUCUACAGAGUGGGAUCUCUCCACUGCUAUGGGGACAGGUUUCUGUGGAAUGCCGCCUCCUUUUACCAGGAGUCGUCCUACCUGCACUUCCCAACGCUCCAGGCCGAGCUGAGUGUUGACAUCUCCCUCUACUUCAAAACUACAGCUCCCUCUGGAGUAUUCCUGGAAAAUAUGGGUGCGAAAGACUUCAUCAGAGUGGAGCUCAGUGCUCCCUCUAUCCUGACCUUCACCUUUGACGUUGGGAAUGGGCCGGUGGUUCUGACAGUUAAGUCUCACGUGCCGUUGAAUGACAAGCAGUGGCAUUACGUACGAGCGGAGAGGAACGUGAAGGAGGCAUCACUGCAGGUGGACCAGCUGCCUUUGCGCUUCCUGGAGGCCCCCUCCGAAGGCCACACCCACCUCCAUCUUAACAGCCAGCUGUUUAUCGGAGGAACAGCAUCUAGGCAGCGAGGCUUUCUUGGAUGUAUCAGGUCUUUAAACAUCAACGGAAUGACUCUUGACCUUGAGGAACGAGCUAAAAUGACACCUGGGGUCAGCUCAGGAUGCCCGGGUCACUGCAGCAGCCAGAACAGCUUGUGCCACAACAGGGGAAAGUGUAUCGAGAAGAGCAGCGGUUAUGUUUGUGACUGCACACACUCUGCCUAUGGAGGACCCAGCUGCAAGAAAGAAGUUUCCGUAUCCUUUGAAAGUGGAUCCUCAGUGACCUACACCUUCCAGGAACCUUUUUCUGUGAUACGCAACCAUAGUCGCCAGUCCUCGGCCAUUUAUGCCCAAAGCAGCAAUUCACGAGAGAGCAUCGCCUUCAGUUUCCUCACGACACAGAUGCCCACAAUGCUUUUGACAGUCAACACCUACCAUCAACAGUACAUGGCCAUAAUACUGGCUCACAACGGGAGUUUGCAGAUAUGGUAUCGGCUGAACAGAGAGAAAGAGCCUGACGUCUUCAUGCCAACAUCUCUAAAUAUGGCUAACGGAGAGCUCCAUAGAGUCCAGAUCCAUAGAGAGGGACGGGACAUGUACGUCCAGAUUGAUAAAGAUACCAAUCUGAAAUACAGCCUGUCCACGGACAAAGAGCUUAUCACGAUAAGAUCUUUGACAUUGGGUAAAGUCACAGGCCGAGCUGGUGUAGAUGAGGAGGUUCUCCAGGCUGGAUCAAGAGGUUUUAUUGGCUGCCUGUCAUCAGUUCAGUUCAACCAUUUGGCUCCUCUUAAGGCAGCCAUACUAAAUCGAGGAAGCUCAUUGGUCAGUGUGCUCGGCAAUUUAGUAGAGUCGAAUUGCGGUGAGCUGGCAGAUAAAUCUUCAUCCAGAUCUUUAUCAGAUAAUGCAGACAUGGGAAGUAGAGGGAAGAAGCUUAUGAACGCUGCCCAAAGCGACUCUGCAGUAAUCGGAGGUUUGAUAGCAGCAGUAGUGCUCAUUACCCUCUGCGCUGUGGCCAUCAUGACCCAUUUCCUCUACCGUCAUCGACACAAACGCACUCAGCAAAUGCCCGCUGUCAAGGAAAAAGAUCGGCAGCCCAGGCCAGAGCUCAGAUACAGGGCUGAGCUGGACCUCCACUGUGCCAUAAGAGACAGCAGGAAGGAAUACUUCAUCUGACCUGUGCCGUCCAACCUCAUGACCCCAACUGAGCCGCUCUGAUCCUGCCUGCGGUGCCAAACCAGUGGACCGGGGUUGGGGAGUCUGCUGAGCCUUGUGGACACAGCCAGUGCCCUUCACCCUCCAAACCACUCUACUUUUCAUUCAGAAAUCAGGGAACAAAUUCUACUACUGCAGAUUUUAGUGCCCUUGAUAGGGUCCCAGGUAGGUCAAGUGGACGAAAUGGGCCCGAAUUGAGGCAUGGGAUUGUUAGUGCCUCAUGAACUAAUAUAGGAUAACACCACUUUGUAUUGCAGAGCCAAGGCAACCCUGAUCGUAUUUCUACGUACAAACGGCAAUGAUACAGAUAUGACUGUUGGAUUAUGCCAUACAUGCAUUGGCAGAAUGGUGGAUUUCAAAAGACCGACUCAGUCUUCAUAACAGUGGUUCUUUGCUGUGUUUUUUUUUUUUUUGUUGUGUUUCCGAGAAUUAGAAGAUCAGGUGGCUUCAAAUCUCUGAAGCUUUACACAAACAUGGCCUUCAGCCCUCUCUUGCUUUCAGGGCUAAUUAUUUAACCAGACAACAAAGAGAUUAAGGAAUCAUUUGUGCUCACACACAUGCGAGUCAUUCUGGCAGACAAGCAAACACACAACGGUCUCCAGUCUGUGGACUGUGGCGAAUCAAGCGGCUCUGGUGCAGGACUAAUCCAGCACGAAUGGUCUUGUUCAGCGACAGGCGAGCACAAUGUAGUGAUGCAAAUAAAGUGGGUGAUGUUACCAGUAGGUUUCUGUUUUUUCCUCCUGCUUUUUCUCUAUUUCUUCUUUAUACAUUCACUCCCUACUUACAGUAUUUUAUAGACAACAUAUAACUUUCAUAUUUUUACA